AUUGCUUUCCCCCAUUGCAGCGCAUCAGUCUCCCACUCUGCCAUGCCAACGGGUCCAUUCUCGGUGUCUCAGUGCGUUGGAUCUGCUCAACUGCUCUCUUGUCAGUGUUGAUGCAGUUGUGCACGCAACUGUCCGGGUAGUGGGUCUUCUAGGGUUGGUUUGUGAGGUUCGCUUGCUCGUGUAGUAGGCCACUUCGUUUUGGCCACUUCAUCCCCCUGGCUAAUCACUAAAGUUUGGUAUCAUUGUGGGUGUGGUGAUCAGCUCCUUUCCUGAGUUCCUAGCACUGAAUUUGAGGUUUUGUGAAUAUGAUUCGUUCAAGCGGGAAUUGGGUUUACGGGCGGUGCUGAGGUUGGGUUUAUUUUGUUUCUUUUUAUGAGACGAGGUGAGCAUCGUGACGAUCGCUAUGCUGAAUGAUUUCUCAGGGAAGAUUUUGAAGGAAUAGCUCGUUUUCUAUGAUUGCAAAUUCUUAUAAACACUAGGAAAGGCGGCCUGUCACAAGCUCUAGUGUCACUGAAUGGAUCUCAUCAUGGUCAAGAUCAUGCUAUUGAUUGCUGUCUGCACCCACCUCUCGUUGCUGACGCUGGUCUGUGGGGACAAAUCUACACAAGAUGGCGCCCAUGACAAGGACUGGACGUCCAAGUUGAUGCUCAACACAAGCUCCGAACUGGGAGGCGUAAUGCGCCGUAGCCUAUUCCCGGAAGGAUUUGUCUUUGGAAGCAGCGCCUCUGCAUACCAAUAUGAAGGCGCCGCUGCGGAAGACGGCAGAGGGCCCAGCAUUUGGGACGAAUUUGCCAAAAGACCAGGGACGGUGAAGGACAAUGCUACGGGAGACAUCGCCGUGGAUCAAUACCAUCGCUUUGAAGAAGACGUUAAGAUCAUGAAGGAUAUCGGUUUGGACGCGUACCGAUUCUCUAUCUCCUGGUCUCGAAUCCUCCCACACGGACGAGGCUUCAUUAACACGGCAGGGGUGGCAUACUACAACAGACUCAUCAACGAGCUCCACCGCCAGAGCAUAGUCCCUUUCGUAACGCUCCACCAUUUUGACUUGCCACUCGCGCUAGAACAGACUGGGGGAUGGCGCAACGCGGACACAGCGUCGGCGUUUGCUGAGUUCGCCGCACUGUGCUUCAGCUUGUUCGGCGAUCGAGUGAAGUACUGGAUCACGUUCAAUGAGAUCCAUAUCCUCGCCAUGAAUGGGUACCGCUUCGGAAUUGGCCCGCCAGGCCGCUGUUCUGCCUCUUCCGGAGAUUGCUUCGCUGGAGACUCCGAUGUUGAGCCGCCACUUGUCGUGCACAAUGCUCUGAAUGCUCACGCUUUGGCAGUCAGCGUCUACCGUAUGAAGUUUCAGUCUAAGCAGAAAGGCUUGAUUGGGCUCAUCGAAGAUGGGUCAUGGUUUGAGCCGUGCAAGGAUACUGACGAAGACCGUGACGCUGCGCUCAGAGCUAACGAGUAUUGGCUUGGCUGGAUUUUGGACCCUCUCUUCUUCGGGGAGUACCCAGCCUCCAUGCGCGCCUUUGACCAUCGAAAGACGUUGCCCAGAUUCACAAAGGAGCAAUCCGCAUUGCUGAAAGGUUCGCUUGAUUUCCUUGGUUUGAAUCAGUACACGUCCCAAUUCGCAACUUACGACAAGCACAGCGUGGAGAACAACGACGUCACAAGCUCACCGAGGUGCAACGGAGUUCCCAUCGGACCCCAAGCAGCGGUAGGUUGGAUUUACGUCUACCCAGAUGGAAUGCGGAAGCAGCUUGACUGUAUCAGAACGCGGUAUGGAAACCCGGUCGUUUACAUCACAGAAAAUGGCUUUCCCACGAACGCAAACGACGAGCCGUGGUCUUCACAAGAAGUGCAAGAUUUCGACAGGAUCAGCUACCACCAUGGCUACAUGCAAAGCUUAUUAUCAGCCAUAAGGGGUGGCUCCGAUGUCCGGGGCUACUUCGUCUGGUCGCUUCUAGACAACUUCGAGUGGCACGAGGGAUUCCGGAUCCGGUUUGGGCUCUACCAGGUAGACAUCGGCUCCACUCUGAACCGACAAGCCAAAGCGUCCGCGCGCUGGUUCAAGCUGAUGCUCGACAGAGUCGGCGGCGGCGGCGGCGUAGACGCCAAGACGGCGCGGUGAUUCAAAAUUCUUAACUCCCUCCUCCCCCUCCCUAAAAGUCGAGUGCCGGCAUGCUGUCGGUGCUCUUCCUUGGAGACUCGUGCUUUGUGUCGGUAAUUUGUCUUACUGUGUGGUGUGAGGUUGUUGUGGACUAAGGAUGAGUUUGUAGACCUCGAAACAUCCACAAUGGGUGUUUAUUCUGUAGAAUUUCUAUUUACUCCGCACAUGAAAACUCUACCACCAGGAUCAUGCCCACAUGUUUUGCGGAUCGUGUGAUUCGAGUAUGUGUAAUAUUUCAUUAUUCUAAUUUAUUUCAGAAACAGGGUGAGUUGAAGGGG